CCUUCCUUUCAGCCUUUGCGAAUUCCGGCGUGAACACGCAUAUAACCCCUCUGUCAAGAUGCGUUACGUAGCUGCUUACCUCCUGGCCAGCCUUGCCGGCAAUAACAGCCCCCAGGCCAAAGACAUCAAGAAGAUCCUGGACAGCGUGGGCAUUGAGGCUGAUGACAUCCGCAUGGAGAAGGUGAUCUCUGAGCUCAAUGGCAAGAACAUAGACACUGUGAUUGCACAAGGCUACGGGAAGCUGGCUAGUGUGCCUGCCGGGGGUGCUGUCGCCGUGGCCAGCUCUGGUGCACCUGCAGCCGGAGGAGCAGCUGCCCCUGCCGCUGCAGCUGAAGAGAAGAAGGAGGAGAAGAAAGAGGAGUCUGAGGAGUCCGACGACGACAUGGGAUUCGGCCUGUUUGAUUAAGGUGUCACCUCAGGACCAAAUAAACUGUUUUCACAAA